AUGGCGUCGAUGGUGUGGGAAAGGUUAUGGCUACGCCUCAAGCCCAUCGUGUGGCCGCGCUGGACAUGGAGAUACAUUCUUUCCUGCUGUGUCGCCACCUACGUUGCCUACUGCACUCUUUUCUCUGCUCCAGCCUUGUCAUCGAGGCUGCCGCCGUACACUGGUCCUUAUUCCGUUGGAGCAAUUGACGUCGAGGUCCCCGUCGAGACGCGGUCCAUUCACAAUGCAAUAUUCAGAGACGGUGGCCAUCCGGCCUUCGAGUUAGAAACUGUCUUGUUCACUCUUUAUUAUCCCUCGGACAAGGACGCUGUUUCUUCCAAACCACAUCAUUUCUGGGUCCCGAAACCGCUUAGAGUGACCGGCAAGGGAUAUGCUCGGGUCGCUCGCAUCAGCAAUUUCGUCACUAAUGCAAUGCUCACGUUUGGGUUGUGGGCGCUGGUGGGAAGCACCAAAAUCCCAGCACAUGUCGAUGUACCUCUCCAUCAAUCCCCAGUCGUGCUCCAGUUGCCAGAUUUCCAAGACUACCCUGUCACACAUGAAAAUGGAUUUCCGGUCAUGGUCUUCUCGCAUGGAAUGGCCAGCUCUCGAACUCAGUACACCCAAUAUGUCGGGGAGUUGGCAAGUCGCGGUGUUGUUGUGGCUGCUAUCGAGCACCGGGAUGGCAGUGGACCCGGUACUGUGAUCAUGAAGCACGGCGCAAAACCUCGGGUUUUACAUCAUUUCGACGUCCGCCACUUGAAAAGUGACUCUCAGUUGGACGGGGACCGAUUUAAACAAGCUCAGCUCGAUUUCCGGCAAGCUGAAGUCGAGGAGACUGUUCGAACGCUGGAGCACAUCAACAGGGGUGGAGGUGACGAAGUUUUUGUGGCGAAUGCCCGAUCUGAAGGCGAAUAUCUGCAUCAGUGGGAAGGACGGCUAGCCCUGAACAAUACCACCAUGGGAGGACAUUCAUUUGGAGCCACCCUUGCACUCCAGACAUUGAGGCAAGGUCCUUCCAAACUUCUCCCGUUUCAAGGUGCAGUCGCUCUUGAUCCGGGUAAACAAAGCGGCCCCCUCAACCACGAUGUUCAAGUUCCGACACUGAUCCUCCAUUCAAAUUCAUGGUCGAAAAGCCAUUCCAUCUUCUUCGGUAGACCGCAUUUCGACGUGGUCAAGGACGUCGUCCAAGGUGUCCUGAAGAGAGGAAAGGAUGCAUGGUUCCUUACAUCCUUGGGCACAUCCCAUCCGUCAGUCACGGAUGCACCGCUGAUCGAGCCAUGGCUGCUUCGGUGGACAACGGGCUCCACGAUCGAUGCGCACGAGGGCGUCAAUCAAUACGUCAAAGUAUCAGAGAGAUUCCUGAGGUAUCAGAGCACGGGGACAAAGCGAGGGAUUUUGUCAGAAUGUGUCACGCAUCCCGAGUACAAUGUGGAAGACAAGAACAGGACGGACUUUGGGGAGCCCAUGCUAGAGGCGUUCCGCAAAUACUGGCAAAUCCACGUCGCGCCGUGCGGUCCGGAGGACGGAGAGGUAUAA